AUGCUGUGCUUCCCCGAGUGUAAGGCGGAAGUGACGUAGGGCACGUGCCGGUCUGCAUUGGGAGUAGCACUCGUGGUUUAGAACCCCUGGAACUCUGGAUCUGGUUUAGACCUCAGUAAGUGCGGUGCGUCUGGAGAGAACACGAGAGUAAGGCUUUGCAUUUUUUCCUCCAAGUGGAACACAGACGUCUGUUAGGAAGAUCAAGAAGAGCAUCCCUCCUCAGAGGAUUUAAACAAUGUCUCAUCCAUCUUGGCUACCGCCAAAAAGCUCUGGAGAUGGCUUUGGACAUGUGACAGCCAGAAUGGAAACCACACAGGGGUUUGGGGCACCAAGCAUUUCUGUGUCCACUCAACAAGCACCUAAGAAGUUUGCACCAGUAGUUGCCCCAAAGCCAAAAUAUAACCCCUAUAGAGGAGGACAGCCUGAAGGAGGUGAUGGGGAUUUUCCUCCACCUCCUCCUCCUCCUCCUGAGGACCAAGGUAGUCUUCAGCAUUCAUCUGGCUUUGGGAACUUUCCACCUCCUCCUGCACCUGAUAACGCAAUGUUCAAUAUUCAGAUAAACACCGGAGGUAAAACAAUAGAGGAACGGCGCUCAAGUCUAGAUGCAGAGAUUGAUUCUUUGACCAGCAUCUUGGCGGAUCUGGAAAGCAGUUCUCCAUACAAACCACGAACAAGUCAGGGCACUGGUUCAACAACUGGGACACUGACUCACCCAUCAGCUGGAACUCCAGUAACCGGUCAUAAAAGGAUGAUAAUACCAAACCAGCCACCUCUGACGGCAACCAAGAAGUCUGCUGCCAAACCUCAACCACAAUCAACAACAUUGCCAGCACCAGCAGGAUCUCCAGCAGCACAGAGGCCUCAGCCGGUUCCGGCAACUUAUGCCACAGCCUCUACUCCAAGCCGACCUACAUUUAAUGUGCAGGUUAAAUCGUCUCAGCCCAGCCCUCAGUUUGUUCCACCAGCCCCCCAACCAACACAGCCUUACAAUGUCACACCAAACCAGUACUAUGCUUCUCAAAAACAAGCCCCUUCACGAGAGCCAGAGUAUAUACCACCCCAACCUGUACGCUAUGCAGAUCCUGGCUAUGGGUAUCCCCAGGGUAAUCAAGUGAAGUAUCAAGAUCCUUACUAUGCACCAUCUCAGGGCUAUGGAGGAAGAAAUAAUUCUGAGGUUCCAUACACACAACAGGGAGGAUGGAAACCUGAACCACCUUAUACUUCUGGACAAGCAGUGGGCCAGCAACCUCCUAGCUCAUAUCCACCUCCAAAUAGUAAGAAGACCUAUAUAACUGAUCCUCCUUAUGUUCCACCACCUCAAGCCAAGGCAUCCUACCCUUCAGCUCUGCGGCCUGAGGAUGAACUGGAUAGACUCACAAAGAAGAUGUUGUAUGACAUGGACAACCCUCCUUCCGAAGAGUAUUUUGGUCGCUGUUCUCGCUGUGGGGAAAAUGUUGUAGGAGAAGGGACCGGAUGCACAGCUAUGGACCAAGUGUUUCACGUUGACUGUUUCACCUGCAUGACUUGUAACAGCAAACUCCGUGGACAGCCGUUUUUCGCUGUAGAUAAGAAAGCAUUUUGUGAGCCCUGCUACAUACGCACGCUGGAGCAGUGCAGCGUCUGUUCCAAGCCAAUCAUGGAAAGGAUCCUGAGAGCCACCGGGAAAGCCUAUCACCCCCAAUGCUUCAUCUGUGUAGUGUGCUUUCGUAGUCUGGAUGGCAUUCCUUUCACCGUGGAUGCAUCCGGCCACAUUCACUGCAUCGAGGAUUUCCACAAGAAAUUUGCCCCAAGGUGUUCUGUGUGUAAGGAACCAAUCAUGCCUGCUCCUGGCCAGGAGGAAACUGUUCGUAUUGUAGCACUGGAUCGUGACUUCCAUGUUCAGUGUUACCGCUGUGAGGAUUGUGGAAGCCUUCUCUCUGAAGGGGAAAAUCAAGGCUGCUAUCCAUUAGAUGGACACAUCCUUUGCAAGUCCUGCAACUCUACACGCAUCCAGGCUCUUACUGCCAAGUCCAGUACCGACCUGUGAAUGAAUAGCACCUCUACUUGAAUGCUAGAAACGUCCUUAAUGCUUUUCAAUGCUCUUCUCAACUAUGUCAACAGCUGCCUCUAUGGCCAGGUUCAUUUAGACACAAUGUACAAGUUCUCCUUUCACAGACACAUUGGAAGGAGGUCUAACAUUUCUAGUUACUGCUUUCACACUUUAUUCAUUACAUUACACUAAGUAUUUAAUGUUGUCAGCCGCAAUGCGGAGUCAUGUAUUUUGUGUAUGGUAAACUCCUCAUUUUUGCAGUUGAUGUACUAGUAACCUAGUUAUAUACCUAAAUAAACCAGGAGGUAUUUGGAUGCGCAGGGACUUGAUCAUUUUUACUAGUUGUUAGUGAUGGAAGCCAUUGAGCUGUGGUUUUUACUUGAACUAUGCCAGGUUGUUCUAGGGAAGGAGGACAUUUCUCCAUCAAUCAUUUCACCUUUUUUUACAGCUUUGCUUUUUCUAUUUAGCACACUGUUUGGCUUCUGCUGGUGAUGGUAUUUUCUCUCAAUGGGUAUUCUAAAUGUACUUUAUCAGUGGUACGUGCUUUUAAAAGUGCAUACACACAAGCCUUUUGCCAGGUAAAAUAUGAUGUCACCCAAUAUAAAACUAUAUGCUGCAAACUAUCAGUGGUGACUGUUAUCCAGGGAUAAGCAAUGCUAACAAGGUGCCUUACAUUUAUUUCCAGGUCACAAUUCUCAGGCUUUGUCCCAGGCAGGUACGUUGUAACUCUGUAAAGCACAGCUUGUAGAUUUAGAAUAGAAGAAUCUGAAUGUUGAGCGAUUACUGGGGCCAGUCCUGCAAUUGGUCUCUUGUGUCUACCAUACAAUAGGUAAAAGAUAUGGCAUGAAUGCCAUGGGCUUUACACAAUCCUCCCCUUUAGCAUUCAUUUCUAAUACAGGACCACUUUGGAAUCGGCAAUGGCCCAUAAGCUAGAAAAGAUAUAGUAAAUAAUUUUAUCAAUUUAUGUCUGACAUAUUAGUAUAAUAACAAGGUAAACAUGUGCCUAAAGUCACUUUGCCUUAUCCUUUAGUAUUUUUAAGCAUAUACUGUAAGCUCAUGCAAGUAUGAGCUAUGGAAAUGAGGAGCACAUACAUUAUGUUUUCAAAUAAAAUUAUAAUAUAUAUAUAUAUUUUGUAUUCUGUAUCUUAGGUUUUAUAUAGACAAAAAAGAAGGGUUUGCCAAUUUACUUAUUGUGCCUUUUGUAGAGGAGAGCUGCAAUCUAGUUUUCCGAGGUAUAACCUCUAUGUGCAGAAAUGUCACUUUAUAGACCGGUCCAUGAAUAGGUAUUUUUUGCAUAAAUGUUAACGUAUUUGUGUAGGUUAAAUAGAGGAAACUGUCCUUAUGCUUCCCCCAUCCAGAAAAGAUCCUAAUUUAUUUGAAUGUGCCAUGUUAAGAUGUCAUUCUUCCCAGGUUUUGGCUAGAUCAGGGCUUCAGAGCAGUGCAUUAUAUAAACCAUUUCAGUGUGCUAAGAGUACACAUUGGAAGUAUUAACUAGAGAAGUAUUAAUCUGUGAUUGCCAUAUUACCUUCACACCUAUAUGAAUGUCAUAUUUGUCCUAUUGUGUGUGUGUAUAGAUGCACACUGAAAAUGUUGUCACAUUUCAUGCUACAGCCUGAACCUUUUAUCAUAUAGAACAUGGCUAAUCAAAUUUUUUUAUUUUUAGUAUUUUAUUUUAAACAUAGUUAUUCUUAAAGCAGUGUACCAAUUGCAUUAUGGUGUGGUUAUCUAUAUUAUGUUACCUACAAAAAGUUAGGGGCUGACGUGUUAGAUUAACCAAUAUAUAAGUAAAGGGAAUCUGUCAGCUCUAGAUCAUGCUCUGAGAUCAAGUGUCAAAGAAGCUGCAGUACGUACACAUCUUUCCUCCCUGCCCUGCAGGAUUGAUAUACAAGGCUUGUGUUUCCGCUCUGAGUUCUCAAUGUCCAUCAGUCAGGGCUGGGAGGGGUGGGGGAGUGAAAAGGCAUGCAUUCUGAGGCUCAGUACAGCCUCUUUGACACUUGAGCUCUAAGCAUGGUCUAGAGCUGACAGUUUCCUUUCAUCAGAUAAAUGCUAGCCAAACCUUCUGAUUUCAGUAGGAGCAACCAACCAUGUAAUACUUAGUGCAGCCUUCUGACUUUCCCCCAGCAGCAGAUAUCAGAGGAAAGAAAGAUUAGUAAUGUUGGAUUUUAGCUGCCUGGUCCUUCUGUUCUCUUGAAACUAUGCUGCCAGUGGAGUUGGACAGCAGCUUUCUCCCCAUCUCCCCAUUCAGAACACAUGCACACCUGGCUGAGCCAGCAGUGCAUGUGUGUGAGGAUAUUGGAAAAGCUAGCUGUCGGCAAAACAAGUGUUUAGCCGACCGCUAUCUUAUGUGCAUGGCUUAUGAUAGGUAUAAGCUGACUGUUAAAAAAGAAAACCUUUUGUGCACUUUUAACAGUACUCUCUUAUAUGGAAGGUCAUCUAGAUAUUUAUUAAAGAUCCAGCAGGCGUAAGGUUUAAGUGAAGCCUGUAAAAAGGUUAAUUCCAUUUGAUUCUGUUGAACUCCGAAUUCUGUUGAUGUUAAGGGUGUAUUCACAGGAACACAGGAUUUGAAGCUGUGCUUAAUCAUUUAGUUUACAUUGAAAUCUGCAGCUUUAAAUCCUGUGCAUCAAAUAUGUGCAGGAUGCUGUACGUGUGAAUACAUCCUGAAUCAGCGUUAAAGGGGUACUCCGCCCCUAGACAUCUUAUCCCCCUUAAUGCAAGUCUAUGGGAAGGGGCAUAUACUUUUGUAUACAGCUAGCAACAGUCGGAUAGGCAUGGCCAGGGAUUCGCUAUGCCCAGAGCUGCCAUGCCUAUCUCCUUUCCUGCAGCACUGGGACUGCUGUGUGAUUGACACAAGUACCAAUGCAAUAGCCCAGAAUUGCUUCUAUGUUGUGCUGGUAACACCGGCGAGUUCACUGAGCGAGUGCUCGCUGCUGAUGCCUGUCCGCUCACUGCGGUGUGUAAUGCUGGAGGCAGAGAGUGUAUUCAAUCUUUGCCUCUAAUGGACACAAAAACCAGGGGAGAGGGAGCUCAGUGAACUCACUGGCAGCACGUAAAAGCGACAGCGGUCCCAUCGCUGCAGAAAAGGCGAUAGGCGUCGCAGCUCUGGGCAUAGCGAACCCCUUGCCACACCUAUCCGGCUGUUACUCGCUGUAUACAUAAGUGUUUUAUGAGAUCAUAAAACCUGCAAUAAAGUAGAUAAAGGUAAUGCUGGAUUGAUAUUCUAAGCACAUUUAAAAUACUGUUGUUACUUUAUAUGGCCCUAAUAUCAUGACAGUUGUGCUUUAAGGCUUCAGCAAGUAAAUGAUAUUUCUUAUAUAAUGAAAGUCAUCUAGAUUUGCAAUGUACUUCGGCAUUCUUGUCUUACAGUUGCAGAUCUCUGCCUGUGGUUUUCUUCCAUGGUUCUAUAAACCAGUCCUGAUCAUGUGAUGGAAACCUAGUUUGUUACAAUACUUGGAUGCACUUGUGUGUCCCGCAUGUGACUAGGACUGAUUUAUAUCCCCUGCAAGUAAGGAAUGAAGGUUCCUAAUGAAAGAUGAAUUGAUCCAGAAAGUGUAUUAGAAAAUAAUAUAACUUUUCAUUAUACAAUAAAUACACUUUAUCUGCUGAAAUUUGAAUACCCCAUUUCUCUCUCCCUAUUAGACUGUUUAGUCCAGAUGAACUGAUAAUUUGUUUCAGGAAUAACAUAUAUUCACAAUCUAGCUGCUCAACCUGUACUGUAGCUCCUAUUACUUCUGGAAAAAAAAAAGUUUACACAAAUGUUUGAGCCAAGUGCCACUAUGUGGUAGCUUUAGGACGAUACCUGUUGCCAUAUGUUGACAUUGAAGCGCAUCAUUGCUGCAGGUCUUGGCUCUCUAAUCCCUGCUAAGUAUGUGAGUGUAUCUUUCCAUUGUUGACUAGACAAAUAUGACACCUUUCUUUAUAUACUGUGUGUGUCAUACUGAAAACCAGUUUAUCUAACACUUACUGUUUACCUAGAACAGCAGCACUAAGCGUUCUAAUGUGUGUGAGAAUACUGUCCUAUUGUGUCACACAAGGCUUUCUUGUUUACUGCUGGCUGUACCAUAAAUCAGUAAGAAAGAAGUUGUUCUGUCUGGAAGAUUCAUGUCUGCUGCUAUUUUCACUACAGCAGAACUUGUGCUAAAGUGCCCUGUAAUGAGCUAUGAAAGAAAAACGUCUGUUUGUACAUGUAUUUAUUGUCAACAGUCUUGAAUUAUGUCACUUGGAGGGACAUCUUAUAUUGCUGAGAUUACACUUUGCAAGUGGACACCAGUGCAGCAUUACACCACCUCUACUCAUGUUCAGUUGACCAGUAGUGACCCGUACGUGCCAUCUGACUAUGUGGUUGCAUCUGCCAAGACUUUCCAGUCUUCUAAAUGAUAAAGCAAGAAUUACGUCAGGCUGAGCUUAUUAUUAGAAUAAUGGACACCCAGUAUCUUAAUCUUACCCAUACACUUUGAAUAGUAUUUAGUAUACUGCUGUUGUGUCUCUUGCCACCAACAAUCUUCUGGCGAGGACUCUUAAAGGUACUCUGCCCCUAGACAUCUUAUCCCCUAUCCAAAGGAUAGAGG